GGCCGGCUCCGACGCCGCAGCCGCGGCACCCGCGCGGCCCUCGCCACCUGAGACCAUCGAGAUGGCCUCGUUCAGCUACCGGGUAGCGCCGAGUAGUCCGCUGGUUGGUGGCGGCACCGCGCUCUGUCGCGUGGCGUCGGCACCAGUAGUUGGUAGCUUGACCGAUAGAGGGCAGCAGUGGCGCGAGGUGUCUGACGCGGACAGCGGCGUGUGCGUGGACCGUGACUCGACGGUCGGAUCCAACGGUGUGGUGCUCUGGGAAGAGCUGGACGGCAGCGGCAGCGGCGAGGGCCACCGGUUCUCGCCGUCCGACCUGAGCCAGCCCAGCUGGUGCGACUGCUGCGGCGAUCUGCUCUGGAGCGACGCCGUCGCCUGCCGCUACUGCAGCUACACGUGUCACCAGCGGUGUAGAGAUGUCGUUACCCUGGACUGCCCUUCGGACACGUCCAGCGACCUGGACCUGUCGGAGGUCACUGAUCCCAACCAGGACGAAGAUCUGAUCGAAGUGCAGACUUUAGUGCGAUGCGACAGCGCCGCCGUGGCCGAGGUGCGAGGCACGGACGCCGCCAUCAAGGCCGGCAUGAUCGAGAAGUUCAACGCCACGUCGCAGGGGCUCUACAUGACUCUGUCGGAGCGCGAGCGGCGCCUCUCCAUCGUCUCCAUCAACGACGACGGUUCCGAAGACCUGGUGGUGCGCGACAUCGAGUGGUCCGACGACGGGCAACCGUCCUUCCACGGCUUCGUCCGCGUGCACAUGAACCUGUUCCGGCCGAUCAAAUAUCGUGGCCCGGCACGCGGCCGCCGUCCAUCUACGACGUGCUGCAGCCCGGAGCAGACGCUGGAGCGCACGCUGGCCUCGUUCUAA